AUGUGCGAAGGAAUGUUCGGCCUCGAGUGGUGGUUUAUCUCGGCGCCAUCCCGUAACCAACGCGUCAGAUUAGAAACGAGUCAUGAUUUGAGUUGUUGGCUAGGACAGGGCCAGUUUGGAAAGUCCAUCGGCGGCCUCAAGGGCUUCUGUGUCCUCAACAGCUCGUUCGACGCCUUUCAUCUACUUUACAGACCCCCUAUAGACUCGCAGAACCUGGCUUUAGUACAGCUUGGCAAGGCACUCAAGAAGCACACUCGUCUCGCUUCACCCUCUCCAAUAGAGAAGUUACCGCCAGAGUUGAUAAGCAGCAUCUAUCUGCACCUUCAGCCAGCUGACCACAUCGCCCUCGGGCUUUGCUGUCGAAACCUCUGGAUCCAAGCGGUGACUACUAUUCACCACUCUCGUCGUUUAUCAUCUUGGGUGGACACACCGAUGUUCCUUGCGGGUAGUAGACAAUUGCUUGCUCUUCGACAGGCUAGUCAUGACCAGGAAUCUGUACUUCGAAUACCUCAGAAUGGAAACCGAGAUGCAGUCCGCGAGAUGGUGAUUCUACAGAACCCUCAUCUGUUUCACGCUCUAAAGCAAGCGAGGAAUCGGAAUUUGUUGCGCGACUAUGCUUCCGUGACUUCGUCGGACUUUGAUCCUCCUUACUUCCAAGAACUUACCCGAAUCUUACCGUCGAGUGGUAUUUCGAAAAGCCUUCACCUGCUGAUGGAGUUGUGCCUACCCCCCGGAGAACUUGACAACGAAAAGCAGUGGUACCUUCGAGACUUCACCACUAACGAAUACAUCCGAAUGGACCUUGUUCAAGACUGUACCAUCUCUGAGCAUGUUACUGUCUCACUCACUAGAAAUCCUUGGCUCACAUUGGAUAUCUUACUCAUAUGGCUCAUUACAUGGCAAGCAGGAAAUGACAAAGCAUCAGAACAAAACUUUAAAGGAAACCCAAAAGACCAAAUCAGGAAAAUAUUCACCAACGGUUUCAGCGUUACUGCAUCCGACAUUGCUCAGAUCCGUUCAUAUUUUACAGACAUGUACUUUGGUCGAUGGGCAGGCCAUUCUUUAGAUGUUGUACAGCUGGCGCAGAACAAGAUGGAAAGCGGUUGGACUGAUAUAACACGUGAGAUUCAGGACGUCUCCCAACAGUGGUUUGUUGCGAUAUAUCUUGAGGCCUUUUUGAUGAAAGAAACUAAAUACCGUGAGUACUGGGGGCGUUUUGCGAAAGACCAGAUUAACAAGUAG